CUGCCCACCAAAGGCACACCACAGGCUAAGGGGGAGAUUCACGCUCCUCAGGGACUCACUCACGGGGGGCGAGGGGGGGGGCUACCAAACCCAACAUUGCCACCUUGCCCACAGCUCAUGCCCUGGUGCUCACCUUCUAGGCUCUGGGACCUAGGUGUCUCAGUCUCUACACCCUGCUCCCCAAAACCUUACUAGGAAAGCGGGAGAACCAGAUGAGGCAUUACGCAAGGUCUGCUGUUUACCUCCUGCAUGGGGCCUCCUCCCUCCCUAUAAAACCUGACGUGGUGAGGAGACGCGCUGAGUCCGAUCUGGGUAAGCGAGGCAGCCCGGGAGAGGGGUAGGUAGGAAGCGCGAAGUGAAUGAGGGAGGCGCAACGAGGGGCAUCGAGUCAGCACGCAGCGGGGGUGGUCCGCCACCUGCGCCCUCGGGGGCGGCUGCUACGGUCGCGGAUCAGGGUGCGUCCGGACCCCGGCUUUCCAUGGAGGCUCCCGAGCUGGGCCCGGGGUUGGUGGAGCGUCUGGAGCAGCUGGCGACGUGUCCGCUGUGCGGGGGCCCCUUCGAGGACCCAGUGCUGCUGGCGUGCGAGCACAGCUUCUGUCGCGCGUGCUUGGCGCGCUGCUGGGGGACCCCGGCGGCGCCGGGCUCGGAGACGGCGCCCCCUUCCUGCCCCUGCUGUGGCCAGCCGUGUCCCCGACGCAGCCUGAGGUCUAACGUGCGUCUGGCAGUGGAGGUGCGCAUCAGCCGUGGGCUGCGAGAGAAACUGGCGGAGCCCGGUGCUCGGACUGGGAGACGACGCGGGGGCCGCAUCCCCACCAUGGGCUGCCUGGACCCGCAUGGAGAGGAUAUGAGGAAGACAUGGAGGCGAUUUGAUGUCCCAACACCCAAGUCAUCUAACUCAGAGGAAGAGCUCCCUGAAGAUUACCCUGUGGUAAAAAACAUGCUCCACAGACUCACAGCUGAUCUGACCCUUGACCCUCGUACUGCACACCGUGGUCUGCUCAUCUCCUCUGACUACCGCGGCGUGAGUCUGGCUCCACCUGGAACGCCAGAGCCGCUGGACAGUCCCGUGCGCUUCGAUCAGCUCCCAGCCGUGUUGGGUGCGCAGGGCUUUGCGUCAGGGCGCCACUGCUGGGAGGUAGAGACCGUGAAGGGCGCGUCCUUCAGAGACUCAACCGCGGAGGAUGAGGAUGGAGGAGAGAGCUGCUACGCCGUGGGCGCGGCCGGGGAAUCCGUGACACGCAAGGGCCUCAUCAAGCUGUGCCCAUCAGAGGCUGUGUGGGCCGUGGAGGGCCGCGGUGGCCGCCUGUGGGCGCUCACGGCCCCAGAGCCCACUUUGCUAGGCGGCGCCAGGCCCCCGCCGCAGCGCAUUCGCGUGGACUUGGACUGGGAGAGGGGCCGUGUGGCCUUCUAUGACGGCCGCUCCUUGGACUUGCUCUUCGCCUUCCAGGCACCGGGCCCCCUCGGGGAGCGCGUCUUCCCGUUGCUCUGCACGUGUGAUCCCCGAGCCCCUCUGCGCAUCGUUCCGGGAGAAGGCUGAGGGGUCUAGUCAUCUACCUCCUAGCCUAGCCUAGCCUAGCCCGGAUGCCUCGAGGUUACUUCUCUUCCGUGCAGAAAUCCCCACCUAUUUCAGUGAUCUUGUCUGUACACCUGCCGCAGCAGGAGUAUUAAUAAGCACCCUUUACCCACUCACAUUCUUUCUCCCAAAGCAAGACCUCAAACUGGCUUGUACAACCGUGCCUUUAAGCCAGUCUGGUCCUGCGUCUCCAUGCCCUAACCCAACCUCUUCUUUGAGUUCCCUUUCUGUACCAUUCCAGACAGGGAUAGAGAAAGGCUCUGUACCACGAGUACUGGGAAACAGUCCACAUUUACCUCCAAUCCCAAAGGGCUCAGGGGCUGAUCCACAGCAGGAAGUCUGGAGCCUCCUGCUGAUGUCCACUCUGAGGAUUUCCCUCAAGAAAAAUAAGUUCUCCUAAAAUAAGAUGCUUAACUCAUAACUUAAGCCACUCAGACCUGAAGCCUAAAACAAAUUUUGGGAUGUGUAUGCAAGCCAGUCCACCCUCUACAUUUCUUUUAUGACUGUUUUCUAUGCUGAAAGCCUUUUUCCUUUAAAUGCCUUCUUGGAACUUCAUAUUGCACACAAAAGAACCAAUGGUGCUACCCACCUUCUCAGCCAGGGAGCGACCCAGGCCUCCCAAAUAUCCUUGUAUAGUCUCCCCUAUGUGUAUAAAUCAGCCUGUAUUUAACACAUUGUGCAAUGUUGGGUUAUUUAUUUUGUGCAUCUGUGGCAAUAAAUGAGAUCUCAGUGGUGGCA